GAUGUCAACUGACUACAUUAAAGAGGUUAUUGAAGAAGUUAACAAUGACUUGAUAGGUUUGACAGGAUAUUAUACUCUGGAUAUGCUCACAGAUAAUACAACAAAUUCAGAUUUUGAAAAUAAUCACUGUCAAAGUUUAAGUUUUGUUAGAGAAAUGUUAAUUGUUCUAUAUGAUUUUUAUUGGGAUGGAGCAGGGCAGAGUGAAGAUAAUAAUAUGGAUAUCUGUUUAAAAAUUUUAAAAACAAUUGCCAAUGUCACCUGCGUUAUUAAUUUGAAACAAGUUCUCAUUGAACUAGGUUUAGAUAUGCUACCAGAUAAUUUUCUAUAUUCAAUGCAUUAG